GGUUUGAGACUGGAGCAGGCGGAGAGAUAGAGCAGCUUUCAAGAGGAGCGUGGGAAUGGGUUGCAGAUCAAAGGCGGCCCUUGUAUUCCGGGUUGGGAUGUAAGCAGUGGUUAUCGGACAUGUGGGCGUGCAGACUUACCCAACGCACUGAUUUUUCUUAUGAGGGAUAUCGUUGGCAUCCGGAAAACUGUGAGAUGCCAGAGUUUGAAGGUUCAGAAUUCUUGAGAAGAAUGCAGGACAAAACUAUUGCUUUCAUAGGUGAUUCAUUAGGCAGGCAGCAAUUUCAAUCUCUCAUGUGUAUGGUCACUGGUGGUGAGGAGAAACCAGAAGUUGAAAAUGUGGGCCGGAAGUAUGGUCUUGUCAAAGCUCGUGGAGCCAUUCGUCCUGAUGGAUGGGCAUAUCGGUUUCCACAUACCAACACAACCUUCUUAUAUUACUGGUCAGCAAGUCUUUGUAACAUAGAACCUAUAAACAUGACAGACCCAGCUACAGAAUUUGCCAUGCAUUUGGACAGCCCACCUGCUUUUCUUAACCGAUUUCUCAAUCAGUUUGAUGUUUUGGUACUUAAUACUGGACACCAUUGGAACAGAGGGAAGCUCAGAGCUAACCGGUGGGUGAUGUAUGCAAAUGGAAAUCCGGUUGAAGAUAAGAAGCUUGCAGAAAUAGGGAAUGCCAAAAAUUUAACAGUUCAUAGUAUUGUUAGGUGGCUUGAUUUACAACGUUCCAUGCAUCCACGCCUAAAAGCUUUCUUCCGAACAAUUUCUCCAAGACAUUUUUUUAAUGGGGAUUGGAACACAGGAGGUAGCUGUAAUAAUACCACUCCAUUGGCUGGAGGGAGUGAAGUUUGGCAAGAUGAAUCAAGUGAUCCUGUUGUUGAGGGAGCUGUUAAGGGUACUGGGGUUAAGAUUUUGGACAUAACUGCUAUUUCUCAACUGAGGGAUGAGGGUCACAUAUCUCGCUACAGUAUAAAAGCAUCAGAUGGGAUACAGGAUUGCUUGCAUUGGUGCCUACCCGGCAUUCCUGAUAUGUGGAAUGAACUCCUUUAUGCACAAUUAUAG